CUGACGCUGGAGCGACGGCUCUUGUCGUUCAAUGACGGACUCAAUCCUCUUCGCAUUUUUCAUUUUUCUGUUUCACUCUACACGUCCCAUUCAUCCGUCAUGGUGGCCGCUGCCCGUCUGCUUCCAGCCUUGUUCCUGUUUAGUUUUCCCGCCGCCGUGUGUUCGCGCAGAGACGUGAUGGAGCUCGGAGACGCCGACUUUGAUUACCUGGCAACGGAGCAGGAGACCAUGCUGGUGACGUUCUACGCUCCAUGGUGUGGCCACUGUAAGAAAUUGGCUCCAGAAUUUGAAAAGGCAGCAAAUCGACUUAAGGGAAUUGUUCAAUUAGCAAAGGUGGACUGUACUGCUCACUCAGAGACCUGUGGUCGUUUUGGGGUCACUGGUUAUCCCACUGUUAAGAUCUUCAGGUACGGCAAAGACUCUGCCCCCUACGAUGGACCCCGCACUGCAGAUGGGAUUUAUCAUUACAUGAAGAAACAGACGGGCCCAGACUCAGUUCACCUGAAAACCAAAGAGGAGCUCCAGACCUUCACCAGCAACUAUGAUGCCAGCGUUGUCGGUGUGUUCUCGGGUGCUGACGGCUCUGGUCUGGCUGAGUUUCUGAAGGCUGCCGGUCUGCUAAGAGAACAGUUCAGAUUUGCUCACAUCACUAAUCCGCAGAUAGCUGAGGGGUACAAAGCUAAUUCUGAGAGUGUGCUGCUGUUUAGACCUCCCAGACUGGCCAGCGGGUUUGAGGAUAGUGUUGUCGUCUUCAAGGAUCAUCUGAGCGUCAGCUCUUUGAGACGCUUCAUCAGAGAUCAGCUCCAUGGUCUGUGUCCUCACAUGACUCUGGAGAACAGAGACCGCCUGAGAGCUCGGGACCUGCUCACAGCGUACUACGACAUAGACUAUCACCAUAAUGUCCGAGGGUCCAACUACUGGAGAAAUAGGGUGAUGAAAGUUGCCUCUAAGUUCCCUGGGCGGGGUCUGAUGUUCUCCGUCGCUAAUAAGAAAGACUUUCUGAUUGAGCUGGAGGACGACUACGGUCUAGGGAUGUCAGACGGAGGGGAACUGCCGUUCGUCACGAUCCGGACAAAGCUGGGCCACAAGUUCAUCAUGAGGGAAGAGUUCACGAGGGACGGUCAAUCGCUGGAGAGGUUUUUGGGAGAUUACUUUGCGGAUCGUCUUAAACGUUACAUCAAAUCUGAACCCGUUCCUGAGAAGAACUUUGCUCCGGUCAAGGUGGUUGUUGCUGAGUCGUUUGAUGAUAUCGUCAAGGAUCCAUCCAAGGAUGUUCUGAUUCAGUUUUACUCUCCGUUGUGUCAACACUGCAAGAAACUGGAGCCGGUCUACAGAGAGCUGGCUGAAACGCUGUAUUCUGAGUCAAACACCGUCAUUGCCAAGAUGAACGCGGUUGACAACGACAUCCCACUGCCGUAUGAAGUCCAGGGGUAUCCAACCAUUUAUUUUGCUCCAGUGGGUAAAAAAGAUGAGCCCAUACGAUACCAGGGAAAUCGAGAACUCAAAGACUUUCUGAAUUUUCUGAAGCGGGAGUCAAGUCACAAUCUGUUGCUCAGUGGGUCUAAGGAAGAACUGUGAAACAUCCACCCACCGGAACUGACUUCAAGAUGGACCACCACGUUGUCUCCAUGACAACUGCAGAAGUAUAAAGUAGCCAAGUGUUGCUGACUCAACCAGAACUGAACUACAGAUCACUAGUCAGGAUAUCCGCUGGCUAAUUUUACAAAAAAAAAGAAGAAAACCCAACAAAGAAAGACAAAUCCAGCCAUAUCCCUCCACUAUUUCCACCACAACUUCCCAUCAUGUCACACUGCCUCACUGGAUGGAUUUAUUUAAGGAGCCAUCUUAUAUGCACUUUUUAUUUCUUUGUAUUUUAUGCAAUACUAUAAUGCAGUUGUGUUAUUUAUUUUAACAUCUGUGGACUUUAUAUUUGGUGCUUUUUGUAUUUAUUUAUUUACUUAUUUAUUUGAAUUCUAUCAGGUUCUUGUGACAAACUGUUGUCCGUUAAUUGAUGGAGAAGUUUAUUCUGAGUGUUUUUACUGUCAGAGAUCCUCUGGAACUAUUUAAUAAAUUGGUGAUUAACGUG